GUCAUACAGGAGUAAUAGAGCCUUAUUAGUUGUACAGAUUUCUCUCUGUACUCGAGUCGAAAGGCUUCGCGCUCUCUCUCUCUAUGGCUGAAACCCGAUGAUAGGAGAGUACUAAAAAAGAGACGAGUUGGAGGAUUACAGAAUCGGUCAAUCAAUAAAUGGCCUUGUUCAUGUCCUCAUGCUUCACUGUCACAGCCAAGUCUCCUCAUUUCAUAAUUUUCUCUUCUAAACCCUCACUCCUUCUCAAACCCUCCCAAUUCCAUUUCCAAUUGCAUUCACUCAGGUCACAAACUUCCCCUUUUCCCAACAUUACACCCAAACUUCUUCGUUCCUACAAGAAAAGCUCUUAUGUGCCACCUCAUCCUGUUGUUGUUGUGGUUAGGGCGAGUAUUGAUGUUGCGACUUCAGCAAUCAAGCCCGGAGGGGCUGUCGAGAGUGAUAAGCUGCCAGCUGAUGUGCGGAAUCGAGCCAUGGAUGCUGUCGAUGCGUGCGGUGGGAGGGUUACCAUUGGUGAUGUCGCUAGCAAGGCCGGCCUCAACUUGAAUGAAGCUCAAAAGGCUUUGCAGGCAAUUGCUGCUGAUACUAAUGGUUUCUUGGAGGUUUCAGAUGAAGGUGAUAUUCUCUAUAUUUUUCCAAAGGAUUAUCGGUCCAAGCUUGCAGCCAAGUCAUUUAGGAUAAAAAUUGAACCAUUCCUUGAAAAAGUGAAGUCUACAUCUGAGUAUUUAGUGAGGGUUUCAUUUGGGACUGCGCUGAUUGCUUCGAUUGUUCUUGUUUAUACAACAAUAAUUGCUCUCCUCUCAAGUAGAAGUGAAGACAAUCGUGAGAGACGCGGGGGCAGAUCAUAUGACUCGGGUUUCAAUUUUUACUUCAGUCCAUCUGACCUGUUUUGGUAUUGGGAUCCAUAUUACUAUAGGAGGCGACGAAUACGAGAAGAUGAUGAUAGCAUGAACUUCAUUGAAUCUGUGUUCUCAUUUGUAUUUGGUGAUGGUGAUCCAAAUCAAGGUAUUGAAGAAGAGAGGUGGAAGUUGAUUGGACAAUACAUAGCAUCAAAUGGCGGUGUUGUCACAGCUGAAGAACUUGCUCCUUAUCUUGAUUUAGAGACUACAGAAGAGACGACUGAUGACUCGUACAUCUUACCUGUGCUUUUGCGGUUUGAUGGUCAGCCAGAAAUAGAUGACGAGGGAAAUAUUCUAUAUCAAUUUCCAUCACUACAACGUACAGCUUCUCAUCAGAGGAGUGGAAGGAAGGAAUAUGUUGGGAAAAGAUGGGCUGAUUGGGUGGGAGGGGUUGAGAAGUUUUUCAAGGAGAAGAAAUGGCAAUUCAGUAAAACCAGCACUGCAGAGAGGGCGAUGGUAAUUGGAUUGGGUGGGCUUAAUCUCUUUGGGGUUAUUAUUCUUGGUGCCAUGUUGAAAAAUACUGCAGUUACACCAAGUGGAUUCAUUACAUUUGUGUCGGGCAUCUUUCCUUUACUUCAGAUCUAUGCUGGUUCUUUCUUUGCAAUUCCAUUGGUCAGAUGGUUCCUUAUUCGCAAGGCCAAUGCUGAAAUAGAGAAGAGAAAUCAAACGAGGGAGCAACAAGCUCGCACACUUGAAUUGCCCAAUCUUUCUCUGAGGCGAAAGCUUCUGAGUGCGCGGGACAUGGCCCAAAGAACAUUCAUCGGACAGGAUCGGAUUGUCUACACUACUGAUCGGGACUUGGUUGAGCAAGACUACGAUGCCCGAGAGUGGGAACGGAGAUUCCGAGAAAUCAAGAAGUCUGACUGAGAGGCUAUGGUUACUUGGUGAAUUUACAAUAGAAACUCAAUAGAGUGGGGGAGAUAGUUCAUGGAUAUGCUUGGUUUCCAUGCAUCAACAUAUACAACCGGGAGGGGCGGAAUGCUCAGAAUUUGUCAUAUGUAAUCACUUUGUAUAUUGACAUUGUCUUUAGAUCGGAAAGGCUAGUGUAUAUGAUAUCCAACAUAUAUUCCACAGCCAUGGUCUCUUAAAUAUUAUUAUGCGUUAGCGGGUA